UGUGGCCAAAGAAAAUUUUUUUUGUUAUAUUUUUUUUCAUAUUCCGUUGAAAUUUAUCAUCAUCAAAUCAACCAACAAAAUUUUGUCCAUCGAAUCGUUUAAAAUUUUACUUUCAAAUCGAAAGUUGAAUUGAAAUUGGAAUUCGGUGACAAUUUGACAAUGGAUUCAACAAUUUUCCCUCCAACGAAACACUAUCUUCAAGAUAUUUUAUCAAUGCCGAAUCAUCAAAUCGUUUAAAAUUGUUCGAUUGUACGGUUACUUGGCCGAGAGGUGAUCACAAGCAAGACAUGAAAGAACGGAUAGGAUGUUAUUACAUUUAUUAAAAUUUUCCAUUUCGAUGUUUACUGAUGUUCACCAAAUCCUUUGAUGAUCGGAUGUUCAAUAAUCAAUUUCAAUUUCCAUUUUUGUAAUCGUUCUGACUUUGUGAAAAUCAUAACAAUUCCCUGACAUAGAAUUCCACCAUUUUAUCAUAAUCAAAAUUAACGUAAAAAUUGCUUGACGAAUAUACCAGAUUCAGUGUUAAUGUACCAUCUUGAUAUUUAAAUUUUUUUAACAGUAUCCAAUGGCUUACCAUUAGUUUUCAAUAAUUCAUCAAUGUUGCUUGAACGAACAAUAGAUUUGUUUCUCGAAACAGAAAUCGAAUUACCACCAGAAAUAUUGGAAUCAUCAAUACUAUUAAAGGUUGUUGUUGAUGAUGUAACAUCAUUCAGAAUGGAUUUUUCUGGAACUUUAUUCACAAUCUUUACUGAUGCUUUUGCUUUUGGUUGCGUGCUCAAAUCACGUCCGGGUCACCAAAUAUGUAGCGUAUUUCUCAACUACAUUUAUUCAACUGAACUCAAAACGCAUUUACACUAAACUCAUCUGUUCGGAUUGGGGUUCAUCAUCAAUGACGUUACCAAGCCACCUUACUAUACUUUUUUUUCGUAGUUUGUUCGUUUGUGGUUUACUUGGUUAUCAAUGUUUAUCUAUUUCUUUUUUUUGUUUCGGAUGUUGAUAUAAGAAAAACAAAAAUAUCUGGUGGUUGCCUAGUCAACCUUAAAUUGUAAGAUAAAUUCAACAACAAAAUUAACACCUGUAUUGCAGAUGCAAACAAUCGAUAAAUGUGGAUUAAUUUAUUAGCGAGAAAAAAAAUCAUAAAAAAAUGGCCAUCUUAAAUCACCGAUUACGGAAAAUAUUCAUAUUAUAUCUCCUAUUACAUAUGACUAUUGAUCCUGGUAUUGAUUGUUGGUCAUUUGAAAAAUUAAAUUUUUUCCGCCCCCGUCAGCCAUCAUCAUUGAAUCUAAUGAAACCGGAAAAAAUGAAAACAACAACGCCAACGAAUAAACAAUUGUCAUAUAUUGAUAGUGAAAAUAUAUUUCAUUUUGUUUUAAAUCCAAAUAAUGACACAAUUAAAAAUCAACAAUUUCAUUUGAUCAAUUUCACUAUAUCUGAUCAAUCAUCACCAUCAUUCUAUACAAUGUAUCGUACGAAUGAAAAUGAAUUCUUCAUCGGCAGCAAUAACAUUGUUUAUCGUGUUGAUUUAAUUGAAAAUACUGCUGAUGAUGAUAAUGAUGAAAAUGAAUUUAAAUUUCAUCUAUUUGGACAGCUAUCUCUUGGACCAUAUGAAAUAAAUAGACAAUGUAUGCAAACAAUCGAUAAUAAUCGAACAAAUCGACAACAAUUGAUCGAUAAUCAAAUUAUACAAAUAUUUCAAUUUCAUUCAACAAUAUUUGUUUGCGGUACCAAUCGUUGUGGCUUGUGUGAUGGUGUUAGAAAAGAUUUUUCAAAGACAAAAAUUUAUGCAUCAAGUAUAAAAAAUUUUUCCGGUGAAUGUCAAGUUGAUCUUCAGUCAACCACACAAUUGCCAUCAUCACGUAUAAAAAUGGCUAUGAAAAUGGACAAUAAUAAUGCAGCAACGAAUUAUGAUGAUUAUUUGAAACCGAUAAAUUUUAUCAGCACAUUAAAUGGUCAUCAUGGAUCAUUGAUAUUUUUUGGUAAACACGAUGAUAUUGAUGUACUGUAUACCGCUUAUUCGAAUGAUGGACGUGAUAAAAGCCUACAAUUACCAUUCAUAACAGCACGUGUUUUGAAUAACAAUGGUUUUCAUUAUGUUCGUCAUGAAGGAAAUGAAUGUUCAAGAAUUAAAUUAGAAUCACAAGAUUAUCAAUUUAAUUUCAUCGCUGGUUUUAAUUAUGAUAAUUUUGUCUAUUUUCUAUUCAUGGAACAUCAUGAAUCAUCGAAUAAUCAACAAUUACGUCUAGGACGUUUAUGUGAAAAUGAUCCGCAUCCAUUUUUUUCCUAUAUGGAAAUUACAUUGAAAUGUAAUGAUUUUUAUUCAUCACGUGUAGCACAUUUAUCACUUGCAUUGAAUGGUGAUGAAUAUUUGGGAUUCAAAUUGAAUUCAUCACAAGAACAAGAUGCACAAUUGUUGAUUAGUUUUAAUAAAAAUUCUGAACACGAUGGUGAAUCAUUAGUAUGUCAAUUUUCAAUGGCGAAAAUUUCUGAACAUUUUCUUGACGGUUUUAACCGUUGUACAUUGAAUGGACGUGGAAAAUGGCUAAGAAAACUGACAAAUUAUGAUACCGUACAGUGUAAAGAAACUACAUUCAAUAAUAAAUUAUCUGGCGAACAGAAUCAAUGUCCAUAUACGAAUGCUAAUCGUUAUAUUGAUUAUGAUAUACCAUUAGAUGGUCAACCAUUGAUUAAUAUCAAAAAAGAUCACAUAACUUCAUUGGGAUCGAUUUUUAUCAAUAAUCAAUAUCAACAUUUAUUCGUUGGCACUACAAAUGGUUUUCUAUAUAAAUUCCUACGGAAAUUGAAUAAAAAUCAUGAAUUAAAAUUUAAUUAUCGUUUAAAAUUGGAUGAAUCAUUAUUAUCAUUGCAACAGGUGUCAUUUGAUAUUGAAACGGCAACAUUUUAUCUAUUAUCUUCACAUCAUCUUUAUCGUUAUCCAAUAGUAUCAUGUUCAUUAUAUAAAACUUGUUCCACUUGUUUUCAAUCUAAAUCAUAUCAUACAGAAUUAUGUUAUUGGCAUAACAAUCAAUGUGUGUUGAAAAAAUCGAUUGAUAAUAAUAAAAAUCUCCAACAACCAACAUGUGAUCCUAUUGUUCAGUCAUUUGAACCAAAACAAGGACCAAUUCAAGGCGGUAGUAUUGUAAAAUUUUACGGAAAGAAUUUCGGUGAAUCAAAAUCAACACCAAAUAGUUUCAUACAAAUCAAAAUUGGCCAUAUACCAUGCAAUAUUAUCGAUGGUAAUGAUACAUUUGUUCAAUGUCAAAUUGCACGCAAUGAUUCAAAUCAUGAACAUGAUGCAACGAUAUUAUUUUAUGCACGAGAUAUGCUCGAUUUUUCUAGACGACAAUUUUUAAUUAAUGGUGAAAUUGAAUUGAAUGAAAAAUUUAGAUUCUCCUCACCAAUCGUAUGUGGUAUACAUCCAACAUUUGGACCAUUUGCCGGCGGUACACAGCUGUUAUUAUUGGGUAAAUAUCUUGAUAUCGGAUCGAACGUAUCAUUGAAAUUAGGCGAUCAACAAUGUAAAACUCUGACCAGAGGUCAUAGAUAUUUUAUCUGUGAUACAAUGCCAUUGAAUAAUCAUUCAGUGAAUCAAUUAUUACAUCCAGAACAUAAGACCAUUCAAUUUAAAAUUGAUAAUUUCGACACAAAUCUUGGUAAAAAUCGUGAUUCAUUCAGUUUACAAUCACCAGAAUUGAUUUUCGAUAAUAAAAUCAAUAAUAUAGACACGUGUGAAGAUUUACAACUGUUUUCGAAACAAUCAAAUGUAAAACCAAGACAACGACGAAGACGUCGUCGAAUACAUCGAAAUCAAAAUCAAUUUCUGAUGGAAUCAUCAUCACUAGUGGAUAGAUUUUUGUUUCGUUUUCAUAAAUUGAUUCAAGAAAAUCAAACAAUCGAAUUUGACAAAAUAUUUCAAUAUAAACGUAAUCCGAAUCAUAUUAAACUAGAUGAUACGAAUGCUGGUGGUUUUUAUUCUGAUUAUUCUACUUUGAAUUUUGAUGGUACAAAUUUUCAAUCAAUUUUGUAUCCUGAAUUGGAAUUAAUAUUCAAAUCAAUAGACGAUUCAUCAUCAUCAUCAUCAUCAUUCAAUUUAAAUCAGAAAACAAAACACGUGUUUACCCAAUGUAAUUAUCAACAUCCAACCAAGUCACGUUCAUCAUAUCUAUCAUGUUACAUACCACCAUUGAAUUCAUUAAAUGUCGAUGAUUCAUAUUUGCCUUUACAAGCACAGUAUAUAUUGCAUUUAGAUGACAAUAUUCAAUCCAAUGGCUCCGUAAUAUUUCAUCCGGAUCCAAAAUUUUAUCCAUUAAAUAUGACAACCGUAUCGGAAUCGAAUCGUUCAUUGGUAUUAUUAGGAGAGAAUUUAUCAACAGAUUUUCCAAUUAAAAUCAUCAUCAAUGGAUAUUAUCAUUGUUAUCCAAAAAAACGUGGUAUCAACCAUAUUUAUUGUGAUGUUGAUAUCGCUGGUCAAGAAUUAGAUGAUCUUAUCGAUAUUCCAAUGAAUGUUACUGUUACAGUUGGUUCGAAUACUACACGUUUGGGUGAAAUGGUAUUCAAACCAUAUGUAUCGGCAUUCAAUAAAUCCAAAGCAAUGAUGCCCUACAUUGUAAUUGGUUUUCUAAUCAUGUUGACAACAUUAUUGAUUGGCCUUUGUUUCAUUUGGUUAUACGUUCGGGAUCAUGUGAAGAAUGAAAAAUCAAAUUUUAAUAAUAAUACUGGCUAUAAUCUAAUCGAAAGACCAUUAACAAUGUCCGAAAUUGAAACACAAAAUUUACUUGAUGAAAGUUUUGAAGAAAUUGAAAAUGGUUUAGAAUUACGUGAAGAAAUCCAAAAAAAGAAUUUAAUAUUAAUCGAUAUAAAUCGUUUGAAAUUAUUGGAACCAUUGGGUGAAGGAAAUUAUGGUUUUGUAUUCCGUGGCCAGCUGGAUGAUGAUGAAAAUAAUGUUGUGGCUGUGAAAACAGUCAAAGAUCCAAAAUUCAAAUGUUUUCUUUUGGAUGAAGUGAAAUUGAUGAAAGAUUUUCGUCAUCAAAAUGUGAUGUCAUUGAAAUAUGUGACGAUCAUAUGUCCAAUUCCACCAUUGUAUUCAGCACCAUCAUUGGCACUGGUAUUUCCAUUAAUGCAUCGUGGUGAUCUUCGUAGUUAUGUUAGUGAUGAUUCCAAUUUACCAUGUUUACGUGAUCUGAUCAAUUAUUCGACACAAAUUGCUUCAGGAAUGGAUUAUCUAUCACAACAAAAUUUCGUGCAUCGUGAUUUAGCUGCACGUAAUUGUUUAUUGGAUAAAAAUAAUAGAGUUAAAAUUGGUGAUUUUGGCCUAUCACGUCGUUAUCAAGAAGAUAAAACUUAUUAUAGAGCAACGAAUAACGAAACACAAUUACCAUUACGUUGGAUGGCAUUAGAAUCAUUGACCGAUAAUUGUUUCACUACAAAAUCCGAUGUAUGGUCAUACGGAGUAUUGGUUUGGGAACUAUAUACACGUGGUAGAGUACCAUAUCAAGAUGAAAUAUCGAAAUCAGCACCACAACCAGAUACAUUAAUCAGAUAUCUUAGUAAUGGUUAUCGUUUACCUAAACCAUGGAUACCGGAUAUAUUCUGGAUUGUUAAUAUGCGUUGUUGGCUACCAGAACCAGAAGCUAGGCCAACAUUUGCAGAAAUUGUUGAUAAUUUAUGUGAAAUCACUAGAUUAUUUAUUGCUAAACGUGCCAAUAUGGAUCAAAAUUGCAAUAAAUUAUCACCACCAUUGAAUGGAACAACAACAACAACAACAUUGAAUUCUACUAAUCCAUCACAAUUUUUCAAUAAUCCAAAUCAACAAUCGCCAUCAUCCACUGUAUUCACAUUGAAUACACAAUUCAAUAAUAAUAAUAAUAAUAAUUUUUCACUCAAUUUUGAAGAUCCUUUCAUAAAAAAUCGUUUAACAAACAUAUUUGAAUCAUUAAGAAAUGAAUAUCGAUCAACAAAACAAUUAUUAGAUGAUGAUCUUUAUAGAGCGCGUUAUGAUUAUUGUAAUUUAAAACAAAAUGAUGAUGGCCAUGGAAAUUUUCCAUCCAAUAAUAAAAAUACAUUACGAUCUAAUCAUAAUCAUCAACAACAACGGCAACAAUCAAUCAAUAGUGGUGGUAGACAACAAAAUUCAUCAAUUCAUUGGUUAAGUUAUGCAAUAAUUUUUUCGGUUAUAAUAUUGGCUAUUCAAUUAUUGUAA